CAUGGCGACCGAAUGGCGUCCAAAACAACAGUCAAAAGCCACAAUUUCUUCCUCAAAAAGACCACGAAAUUCAUCCGUUUUACCAUUAAUUUGUAAAAAAUUAUGAAUAUUGAAGUAGUAGCUCGAGUUAGACCACCAGGUCGAGGAGAAAUAGCCUCCAUUGGAAUUUCAGGAACGAGAAUCGAAUCUUCCAAAGGAAAAGGGAAUAUUUUCAACGCAGUUUACAAACCUCAUAUUCCUACCUACGAUCUUUACAAAGAAUCAUUUCAUCCUUUAAUUGAGUACUUCAUUUCUGGGUACAAUGUCUGUGUACUUGCGUUUGGAGAGACGGGUUCAGGGAAGUCGUACACGUUGACAGGAGAAAAGAGAGCCAAGGCGGCCAUUCUUCCUUUCCUCAUCAAUGAGUUGUUCAUGAAGUUGAAAGAAGAACGAUUGAAAGACCAUAAAGUACAAGCUAACCAUGGAAUGGAAGAGAAAAUUACUGUACAGUGCUUUCAGUUGUAUAAUGAGAAGGUUUCUGACCUUUUAGGGCAAACUUAUGAAGAAAAGCACCUUGAGGUAUUAGAAGAUCCAUUUAAUGGUGUUGUUGUUAAGAACAUCACAACAAAGCAAGUUACAGAUGCUGCUGAGUGUACAUCAUUAUUUAGACGAGCUUUGGAAUCCAGGACCCAUAUGCAGACAGACUAUGGCUUGUCAGAUCCUAGAUCAGCUUUGUUCUUUUGUCUGGAUUUGCUUAAGAUUAACAAGGACAUCCCUGAAUCCUUUUCUCGUCUGAUGGUUGUUGAGCUACCAGGAGCAGAAAAACUAUCAGAAGACCCGACACAGCUACGAAUGAGGGAAGGACCAACACUAAAUCGCUCUAUCUUGGCAUUUCGUCAAUUGGUAUCUUCACUGGCGGGCUCACCAUCACCGACCAGGGUUAUUAACUAUAGUGAUUCCAAACUAACACUGCUGCUGAAGGAUGCCCUUGGUGGAAACUGUAAAACCAAAGUUCUAGUCUCAUUGAAGGCCACGGAAACACCCAGUUUGAGUACUAUUCUGACGGUAUCAGGACAACUUGGCCAGAUACACAACUUUCCAAUCAUAAAUGACCAUAUCACUCAGGAACUGAUAUGUCAGUACAGAGCAACUAUCCUUAAUCUUCAAGAUGAUCUUAAGCAUGGAGGAAGAAGUCCUGGGGAUGCUAGCGGCAGUAAAAUCCAGGAAAUCAAGGACCAGUUAACAAAAGUAACAAAUGAAAAUGCCAAACUACAAGAAGGAAGGGAACAACUUUAUCGCCGUAUUAUUGAACUUGAAGCAAAAUAUACAGAGGCAACAAACUCAUGGAAACAACUGUCUUCAAAAUUAGAGCUCAGUGAUGAAGAAAAAUUACAGAUAUAUAAGAACUUGGUUGAUCUUCAACUGGAGAACAAUAAGAUUAUAGAAGAAUCUGCAGCAGACAAGUAUGAACUGACAAACAAAAUUUUGUCAUUAGAGAAUCAUGUCAGCGAGAUGGAGACUGUGGCAGAACGAGACAGGCGAGCUGCGCAACAAGGAAAUGAAGAUCUCAGUAAUUUACGCAAAGAAUACAAGGAACUGAGUGAUGAGUAUCUUGUCCUUAAGGCGAACCACCUGCAACUAACCAGUGACUAUCAGAAUGAGGUUGCUAAAAAUGAAGAACUUGGGCUGGAGCUGGUUCACUUGUCAAAUGUGAAGGAGAAGCUGCUCAAAGACAAGGAAGUUGUGGAAAUUGAAACCAUGCAGGAAUACUAUGGCCAACUGCGAAAACUAGCCAGUAAGUUCACUCCCACCUCACUUCAAGACAAGGAUGACAUGUCCAAGAGUCUAGUGUCUCUGCGCUCUGAGAAUCUACAACUAGAAAAACAAUUAUUGAUGUCCAACCAUGCUAAAGAAGGAAUGGUUGAUGUCUUAAGAAAUGAGCACAAAAAGGAGCUCCAGAAACUGGAAGAUAAAAUCAAUGAACUUAAAAUGACACUGAAGCAUGUCCAGGCAUCUCAAAGAGAAAGUCAACGUAAACUUGCUGGCCAAUCAGCUGAGCUGAUAACAACGCAGGCUGACAAGCGGCUCCUUGAAGAGGAAAACAACAAACUUGAUGAACAGUUGAAAGAAGUCAGCAUUGAAUAUAGCAACAGACUGCAGCAGUACAUACAUGAUAUAUCUGUAUACUGUGGAAAGAUGACAGGGCAACAGCUGUCGCUUGAGUCUCUACAUGCCUACAUUGAUACCAUGGUGCGAAAGGUUCGUGAUGCACAGGAACAUCAGGUGGUUGUACUAGAAGAAAGGGUGAAAACAUUAAAGAAAACUGUCACGGAUAUGACAAAGAAGCAUGGGAAACUCCUUUCGGCUUACAGUGUUCUGCGGUUUAAUGUUGAAGCUGCUAAAGGCCAUGUUGAAGAGAAUGAAAAUGUCUAUGUGCCAACAGAAGAAGAGUUAGACAAAGCCCAGUCCAAUGAAAUAAGAAAAUUAACAGCCAAGCUACACAGUUAUGAAAACGAAAUAAAAGAACUAAAAAAACAGAUAUCCAGUGUGUCAAACAAAAAAGAGAAAUUCCAGCAAAAUGAUUUGUGGAUGACCUUGGAUGGGAUAGAGGGGAGCAAAGAAAUAGCAAUCUCAGGUUUAUCUGAUGUUAACUGGAAUAAUCUCAGAAAAAUGUUGAGGGAGUUUACCUUAAAUACACAGGAAGAGUUGGAGACUGAGAGAGCAUCACUUUUGACACGUUGUGUUGUGGCUGAAGAACAGGUUACGACGUUGCAAGAAUACAUUGAUGUGCAACUUAAAAAAUACUUUAAAGAGAUGACUGACUUGAAAAGAAGAGUAGGUAAGAAUGACAGAACCAACAGUGCAGAUGCAUCCUUCUCAUAUCCAAGGUGAAAAUGGUGAUAUGGUGUUAUGCGGGAAAUAGAAAAAAAGAAAAAUUGAAUUAAACAAUCUAUACUUGAAAGCUUGUUAAGAAUAAACCAAGAUUAACAA